GUAUCAAAUGUAAAAAUGUCUGGGUCUGGAAGAUUAGAACUUGUCAUGCUAAAUCUAAAUGAUGCAAAAGUCUGUGUUGCGUGAGUGCCAAAAGCUGUCCGCUUUUGACCAAGUUGAGAGGAGGUUUCUCAUGCAGGAAAGGCAUGAUAUAUACCUCAAAGAAUCUGUCAUGCUGGGUCGCGCAUUCUAGACCUCAUGGGUCAUGGAAAACCUGCAUCGCAAAUCUUGCAUUCUUCCAGACCCAGACACUUUCACAUUUGAUACGCGGUAACCCGGAAAAAACACCGGGACAGGUACUACGCAGAGGGAGAAGUAGCGGUGGAGAUGCAGGGCUACGGCUACGGUUACGAGGAAGACUGGGAUUACGACGCGCCCCCCAUGGCCCGCGGCCGAGAGAAAAAGAAGAAGAAAAAGCACCGCAAGUACGAUGACGAUGAAAACUACGGCGGGGAGGGCGAGGCGCCUGUAUCCCACAGAAAAAAGCUGGCAGGUCACAUUUGUAAUGCAAAAAUAAAUACACAAAAAAAUCUGUAUUGCGCGUCCUGAACAGCAUGCUAUGAGGCCGCCCAUGACAGAUCUUCCUGUGUAUUUAUUUUUGCAUUACAAAUAUGCCCUGCCAGCUUUUUUCUGUGGGAUAUGCUGCGCCUCCUGCGGAGGAGGGCGACCAGGCCGUCGCGGAGGGGCAGUUGGAGGAGGAUAAGGCGGAAGAGCAGGAGCAAGGAGCAGCCUACAGCACAUCUUACAACUUCGACUUUUCCUCCUCGUCCUACGCCGAGGCUGCUGCUAGUACUUUUAACGCGCCCAUGCAGGAGGGCGAAGGCGAAGCGGCGGAAACCGAGGUGGCCAAGGGAGACGAAUUGGAGUUGGCGGCACAAGAUGGAAACGAGGAGAACGGGGACGGUGCGCGACCGGACGAGGACGGGGAGGUGACUAUCCUGAGUAAAAAUGUCCCCACACCAGAGUUGUCAUGCAAAUCUGCAUGCCAAAAAAGUUUCUCAUGCGGAGCCCCAUGAGAACCAUUUUCUUAUCCUGUUUUGGAAUUUGUAAUGCUAGAGUCAGCAUUAUAUGCUAGAUCUGUGAUGCUUCGGAACUAGCUAAACAGGAUCACACUACGAGGAUAAACUUGUCAUGCGAAACAACCAGAGGUGGCUGAUUUGUCUAGCGGAUUCCCCAUCUUGACUCUGGGGUGGGGACGUUUUUGCUCAGGAUAGUGACCGACGGGGUCAUCACGCCGCGCUUCGAGGGGAGUGCGGUGGCGGAGGAGCUGGAAGCCCGGAUCGAGCAGCUGGAGAACGGCAUGCCGGCGGCGCAGUAUCAAAUGCAAAAAUGUCUGGGUCUGGAAACAUGUGCAUGAUGAAAACACUUCGGAAUGCAGUUCGACAUGACAACUUCCCAAAGCGCUUUCUCAUAGGCAAUCCGCAUGAGAAACUGCGUUUUUGCAUGACAAAAGCGCCUGCGACUUUUGCUGGUUAAGUAUGCAAUACAGAAGAUUUUCCACGUAUGGAAAGCUAGCAUUACAAGUUCCAACCUUCCAGACGCAGACACUUUUACAAUCCAUACGCAGGCCCCGCCGCCGACAGUGUUGGAGACGACCACCACCGUGGAAGGCAGCAGUCAAAAAGUGUACUGGGCCAGCUGCUUAGGCAUUGCAAAUAUGUUGUCUUGGUUUCGAAGAAUGCAAGAUUUGUGGUGGGAGUCAGGGAAGAUGAGGACGACUCGGAGCUCUGUAUUGCGAGGCCGCAUAGUAGAGCUCCUCUUGCCUGUCAUGCAAAAAAGAAGGUUCUCAUGCAGAACACGUAAAUCAAAAUCAUAAUCACGGAAAUAAGACCUGUCAUCAUGCUUGGCAGUGUUGCACUAGAGUGUGCGCAUUGAAGAUGUUCUCUGAAUUCUUGCGUCACAAGUUCUUUCCAGACCUCCCAGGCAUGAUGAUAUUUGCAAUGCAUACUGCUACGGCUUGUGUCCGGGAGCAGUGGACAACUACGUGCCGUGCUCCGCCUGGUCUGGCGACUGUUGCGGGUUUGACUACGAGACGCGGCAGGCCGGGGGCUGGCGCUACAACGUGGUUACGGAGCAGUACUACAAGCGGGACCCGGGCCUUUUUCUCGACUGCUUACUUGGCUGCGCGAUCACGUGUCCUUGUUUGUUGAUCUUUCAAACAGGGAAGAAGCCCUACGCCGACCCGCAGGACCAACCGACCUGCUGCCAGGACUUCAAAGCGCUCUGGAAAGUGAUGUUUUGUGGUGCGGAGCAGAGUAUCCAAUGCAAAUAUCUACUUCCCUCUGGGUCGUCUGGAAGGAGAGGAACUUGUGAUGUGUGUUGCGGAUCAUAGAAAAGUCUGUGCUCCAUGACUUGCAAGAAGAGGGCGUGGCCUCACUUCUGGCAAUGGCGAGAGACGAGCCUGUCUCAUCAUGCAGAAUAGGCAUAAAUACCAAGGACAGCUGCAGAAGAUGAACCUGUGAUCAUGCUAGGCCAUCCUGCGUUCCAGACUUAUCAUGGUGGAGCUUGGAAUAAACAUUAAAACUGCAUGACACGAAAUCUCGCAUCUCUCCAGACCCAGACAUUAGAUUUGCACUGGAUACAGAUCCUCGGCCACGGCAUGGUGGGCUUGACGCUGACGUUGAUGCGGUUUUUGUUCUAUCCUGAGUAAAAACGUCCCCAUAGUACCAGAGUCAAGAUGGGGAAUCUGCUAGACAAAUCUACCAGCUUUAGUGGUUUCGCAUGACAAGUUUGUCCUCGUAGUGUGAUCCUGUUUAACUAGUGCAGCGCAGCGUCACAGAUCUAGCGCAUCGCGCUGAUUUGUUUGAGCGUGAUAAAUCAUCUCAAAGCACCGAUAUAGACUGCUUCUCAUGGGGCUUCGCAUGAGAGACAUUUUAUGCAUGCAGAUUUGCAUUACAAAGAAAAACAACUCUGGGGUGGGGACGUUUUUACAAAGGAUAUGUUCUUUUUCGUAAUCUUUUCCUUGGCGACGGUGAUUGUGGCUGAGUGGUCCUACAUAUGAGGGUGCACAACCCUCCCUCCUCAAACCCCACUUGCAGGAACAGCAACACGACCCCCAACACAAGUCGAGCCUGUGCGUGUGACAAGUUUUAGUUUAAGUUAUAAUUUUACGCGCCGAGUGUAAGCUAAAGUUAAGCUAAAGUUGUAAUGCUUAGGUUUCGGAAUUAUCGAAGAAGGCACCAGGUGGAAUCAAUUGGGAUUCUGCAUGCCAAAUGUUGAGGGGGACGUCGAGGGGGGGGGGUCUUGUGCACUCUGAUACUACACAGUGGAGUGCGAGGGGAAGGUGGGGUACUCGGGUGUACCUCCAAUCUACUCCAAUACGGUGGAUUGCUCCGACAAGGACACCGCGACCCUGUUGCGUGGUCUGUUUGAAGCCUUACGAAAAGGAAAAUAAAUCCCCCCUCCCCGUAACAAAACGAAACUUAUCUGAUGCUGGAUUUGCAUACACAAAUCAGAUUUGUCUUGCAGAAGUAUAGGACUUCUGCAGGUAUAUGCUAUAGCCUGUUAAUAUGCAGAGAUGUUUUGACAUGGGCGCGGCCCAGGAGCAUGACAAAAGUCUACGCUGCAGGACCAACAGCAUCACAAUUCGCCGGCAUCACGCGGCGGAGCCUGUGGACUUGAUCCCUAGUUGCAAGACAGAGAGAUUUUUUGCCCACACAUCAGCAUUUGCGGUGUGCCUUUUCGAUAUGGGGAGGGGGUAUAAUUUUUCCCCACAAUAAGCCUUUGACGGCGUUUUUGCGGUGGUUUUGGCGGCAGUGUUCUGUUACUGGAAGUUCAUGUUGCCUACGGAGGUCCGCAACAUGCAAAAGUCGGAGUGGCAGACCUGCUGCACAGACUUCCUGAUCGUGGCCUCCCAGGCCUUUUGCUGCCACCUUGCGAUGGUCAAGCGGUCGGUGUGCAAGGCGGUGGACCUGACCAAUGGCGCGGCGCCCGAGCAUAUCAAACGUAAAAAUGUCUGGGUCUGGAAGAAUGCAACCUGUCAUGCUAAAUCUGAAGCAUGCAAAAAUCUGUGUUGCAGGAUUACCAAAAGUCGUCCAGUUUUGACCAAGUCGGGAGGGAGUUUCACAUGCAGGACAGGCAUGAGAGAGAUCGCACAGAAUCUGUCAUGCUAGUCCCUGCAUUCCAGACCUCAUGGGUCAUGGAAAAGCUGCAUGACAAAUCGCGCACUCUUCCAGACCCAGACAUUUUUGCACUUGAUAGAGCAGUCGCCCGUCAUGAGACCCAUGGACAUUCUAUCCUAUUUAAAAACGUUCCCACACCAUAGUUGUCAUGCAAAUCUGCAUGCUUAAAAUGUUUCUCAUGCGGAACCUCAUGAGAAGCAUUUUCUAAUGGUGUUUUGAAAUUUGUCAUGCUCCAAUCAGCAUGAGAGACUAGAUCUGUGAUGCUGCUGAGCUAGCUCAAACAGCACUACACUACGAAUCCAAAUUUGUCAUGCAAAACAGCCGAAACUUGUGGAUUUGUCUAGCCGAUUCCCCAUCCUGACUCUGGUGUGGGGACGUUUCUACAAAUGAUACAUUCCACAGAUGGGCAGUCAGCCCGCCUACCGCAUCUACCAGUACGACGGCUCGUCCGGGGCGGCCUACCGCCAGCUGGUGGGGCAGCCGGUGGCUGCGGAUUUCGUGGUUGCAAAAAAGAGCGGAAACCAGGGAAGGGCCGAGGGCGAGGCCGUGGAGAUGCAAAUUGUGAGUGGACAAACGUACAUUGCGCCACUCGGGACAAGCGAGUACCUGAAAGGGCCCUAUCAAAUGUAAAAAUGUCUGGGUCUGGAAGAAUGCAAGAUUUGCGAUGCAGGUUUUCCAUGACCCAUGAGGUCUGGAGUGCGAGACCCAGCAUGACAGAUUCUUUGAGGUCUUUAUCAUGCCUUUCCUGCGUGAGAAACUCCCUCUCAACUUGGUCAAAAGCGGACAGCUUUUGGCACUCACGCAACACAGAUUUUUGCAUCAUUUAGAUUUAACAUGACAAGUUCAAAUCUUCCGGACCCAGACAUUUUUGCAGUUGAUAGCCCCGGCGCAGAGACGAAAAGCGACCAGGGCAAAGUCUACUGGAUGUGCUGCCUGAACGCGUUCAACCUGUGGUCCGGCGACUGCUUAUGAAUGUGCACAACUCCCCCUUCCCCUCAUUUGUCAUGCAAAAUACCCAACUCAGGGUGUGCCUCUUAGCACUGUUUGCAUGACAAGUUCUGGCAGCCCAGAUAGCACUACAAUCCGGCGCAAAUUUGUCAUGCAAAACAUGCAUUCUCGCCGGCGCUUGUAUUGCCGUUCAUGCCAUACAAACGAGGGGGAGGGGGGGUUGUGCACUGUCAUACUGCUGCGGCUUUGACUAUGAUCCAGAGACAAACGCCAGUGUCGAACAGUACUGCGAUGCUGGUUCCUGCGUGAUGGACGGCUUCUGUGCCCUCCCCAUUUGCUGUCCCUGUGUGCUGGUGUUUCAAACGGGGAAGAAGCCUUACCAGAACUACAAUGCGACGAUGGAGGAUGACUCUUUUCAGGCAGAUAUCGUAAGGAAAAAUCCCCCCUCGUCCCCAUAUCUAAAAGGCACGUCUCAGAGAAUUUAUGAUGCUUAUUUGUGACCACAGAUCGCGUCUGUCUUGCGAGAAAGCAAUGGUAUAGGCUCCGCCCCAUUAUGCAGGCGCUUUGUAAUGCUGUUAGGCUUGCAGCAUAGACGCCCCCCACGCUAAGCGCCUAGGCAAAAACCUCUCUACAUUGGCACGAUAUGGGCAUGCACUCGUCUACUGCUAGACAAAGCUGAUUUGUGUGCGCAGAUCCAGCGUCAGAAAUUAUUUUUUUGAUGUCGGGGGACGGGAUUUUUCAUUUUGAUAGCAGAUGUGAAGGAUACAAUGGAGCUGGUGGUGUAUGGCAACGGCACCAUUGUCGCGGACUACACGGUUUCCCUGAUUCGACUCAUGGCGCUGUUGGUUGUGACCUGGUUCGUCUCUCUCCUUUUUCUCAUCUUUUACCUCGCCACGGACGACUGCUCCUCGGAGUUGGAUUAUGGACCUCCAUAUUCUCGAUUUACUGAAACUUGCCCGACGACAUUUGCGGGCACCACCCGAAAAGAGUGGGGAGAACUCUUCAACACGGUGGCGUUUCUCGGCUACGUCCUCAGUGGUGUCAUCGCGGUGGUGUUUUGCUAUCCUGUGUAAAAACGUCCCCACCCCAGAGUUGUCAUGCAAAUCUGCAUGCCAAAAAAGUUUCUCAUGCGAAGCCACAUGAGAAGCAUUUUCUAGUGGUGUUUUGGGAUUUGUGAUGCUAUAAAUAGCACGAUAUGCUAGAUCUGUGAUGCUGCUGAACUUCUAGCUAAACAGGAUUACACUACGAGGACAAAUUUGUCAUGCGAAACAACCAAACAGAUUUUCCAUCCUGACUCUGGUAUGGGGACCUUUUUACACAGGAUCUUUGCUACUGGAAGUUCAUGCUCCCGAACGAGGUGCCGAACCUGCAGAAGUCCGACUGGCAAACCUGCAGCAUGGAUUACUUAUGCAUUGCAAAUAUGUCUGGGUCUGGAAACUUGUGAUGCUAAAAGUGAAUGAGAGUUCCACUGCAAUACGGAGCCAAACAUGACAAAUUUUUGGGGCUCCUAUGGGUUGCGUGUUCCGCAUGGCAAACUGCGUUUUUGCAUGACAGAUAAGAGGGCCGCUUCGUGCCCCUGCAUCACAGAUUCUUGAGGCAUGUCAGACACGCAUGACAAAUGUAGGAAUCUUCCAGACCCAGACAUAUUUGCAUUUGAUAUUACUGUUGCGUAAGCAACAUUGGUUUCUGCUUCCCGUGUCACCUGCCCAUGGUGAAGCGCACAGUGUACAAAGCGGUGGACCGGUUGGAAAACCCCAUGGCCGGGGGCCUGGCGGUUGUGGGUUCGGUAUCAAAAGGAAAAAUCCCCCCCUCCCCAUACUCACAAUGGAACUUUGUGAUCCUGAUUUGUGACCACAAAUCAGCUUUGUACUGCAUAUGAGGUAAAUGGGAGCCGUGUGGCGCAUGCCACAGCCAAGCUGUCAUGCGCUUUUGCCUACUGCAAAGCUGUCUGGCAUGCCUGAGUGCUAGCCUUUUGCAUACCUAAACAGGCAUAGUAAAUGCCUGGAAGCGCUUGCUGCAAUACAGCGCUGAUUUGUGUACGCAUAUCCAGCAACAGAAAUUUCCGUUUCAAUAUGGGGAGAGGGCUUUUUUAACUUUGAUAUGCGGCGGUGCGCGCGAGUCGGAAGAUGAAAUCUGGUUCGCGGAAAAGCAGCGGCAACCGAGCCAGUGGAAACGUGGCGCGCAAGAGCAGCCGCGGUUCGUCCUCGCGCCGGGGUAGGCAGGAGUUCGUGUGAGAAAAAGGUAGUAGUAGAGGACUGCUCCGAAGGAAAUGGUUCCAAUCUCUGAUUCAUACACUGGCACUGCAGCUCGACUUGUCACAACUUUCUGUAUCGUCUAGGACUCGAGAACAAAGUACUCCGGUGUGAUGAAGGUACACUUAGAGUGAGAAUCAGGCGGAAAAUACCCUUUGGCGCCACUAGAAGGUUUCGUUUUGUCCAUUCAACAUUCGGGUACUAGAGCAACAUAAGUACUUACCGGAACAUUUUAGUACUCCGUACUGCAGAAAUGUAACUGUACCAACGAGCGGACUGUCUGUUCACAGCGCCAGACACUGACUUGAGUUAUUCGAAAAUGACCCAGUGGCAGCUAUCCUUUGAGAUUUCAUGACUGUCGCAUUGUCAGAUUUAUUAUUUGUUCCUGAUCCAGCCGGCGCAUCGGUAGAGGUCUACUUUUUGAGCAUAUUGUAGCAUUUCUCGUCCUAUUCUUUAUUUGUUCUCAUGUUGUUUCUACACUUGUGACUAUCCAUUUUCAACACUUUAAACGAAUUUUUGGUAAUUUACGAGACCGCACAACGUCGCCUGCCAUGUGUCCGCGAGAAACAGCGGUACUCAUGUAGUUGUGCGCUAGUAUCCUUUACUCCUUGUAUUUACUCUUUACAUAACUUGUUUCGUGUAUACGCAAACUCAACGUCUUUCUGAGCUGGUUUUUCAUAUCAACCGCGCAAAACUUUUUCGUUAUAUCAACCUGUGUCACCCUAAACUUUGCGCCAAAAUUUUGUCAUGGAAUCCAUCCGAAU